AUGUCCAAAGAUCCAUCUAAAACGGCAUGGCGUGUAAUUGCACAAGCUUCUGGACGAGAUAAGAAGGUGAAUGACAUAGAAAUUGAAAGAAAUGGUAUCCAGCUUAGACAACCAAAAUUAAUUGAUAACGCAUUUAAUAAUUUUUUCAAAGAUGCUCCAGAGAAUGUUAUUAAUCAGAUUCCAUCCAAGCAAAACGAUAAUAAAAAUCGAAUAAAUUUUCCAUCUUCAAAAGAAAGUUCACUUUAUCUAACUCCUUUUCACUCGCAAGAAUUAGUUAACUUGUUAUUGACAAAAAUGAAAAACAAGAGCUCAGCAGGACUAGACGAUAUUCCUUUGUGUAUUAUAAAACAUAGUAUAACAACUAUUGCCAAUCAACUUACUUAUUUAGUUACUUUGUCUUUCAGUUCGGGGAAAUUUCCUAACUUACUCAAAACCAGCAAAGUAAUACCUAUAUUUAAAAAAAAUAACCCCCAACUGAUGGAAAACUAUAGACCCAUAACAAUAACAUCAGGAUUUCUAAAGUUUUUGAAUACUGCUUUGUUCAGAGACUCCUAG